CUUAACAGUCUCUCUUUCUCUGUGGAUUCAAUUCCCCAAUGAAGGCCACCGGCGCGGCGCAUCCGCAACGAAUCGACUUCCCUCUUCCCUUGAAAAGCUCACUCCAUCCAGCGAUAGCCCAAAGACUCUCCCAGUCUCUUCCCCUCCCCCACCCAAACCGUCUUCGCCAUUGUUGUUGCCAUGGCUAGAAUCCGCCGCAAAGUUGGAAUCCCGGCCGAGAAACCACCGCCGGAGCCCCAAGUCACCGAGAAACCACCGCCGGGACAGGAGGAGGAGGUUGCCAUGGCUGCCAAGCGCGGCCGUAAACCCGAAAUCCCGGACUGCUCGGUAGAGUUGGGGCUCAACAGCGUCCCGGUGGAGCCUCAAGUCGCCGAGAAACCGCCGCCGGAGGAGGUCGAGCAGUCCAAGGAAGCGGAAAGGGAGGGGGAGCAGUCCGAUCUGCAUUCAUCAAGCAAGGAGGAGCAGUGUGAGGAUGAGGAUGAAUCCAUGGAAGAUGAAGCAGCGGACGAGUCUGCACCAAGCAAGGGGAGGAACGGCGUCAAGAAGCCCGCACCAUCUGCCAGGGUUGCCGAGGCCAAGAAACCGCCUCCGUCUGGCAACAACAAGAGGAGGAGCAAUGAGGUGGGGGAGCAGUCUGAUCUGCACUCAGCAAGCAACGAGGAAGCGGAGCAAUCCAUGGAAGAGGAAGCAGCGGGCGAGUCUGCGUCUGCUCUGCAGUCACCGAGCAAGGGGAAGAGGGGCGGCAAGAAGCCCGCACCAUCUGCGGCCAGGGAUGUGGAGGCCGAGAUUCCACCCGGCCACAAGAGGAGGAGGAGGAGCAAUGAGGAGCCGGUUCCAAGCCCCAGGCCCAACAAGAGGAACAUGCUCACUAGGUCGCACCAGACAGAGGUUCCAAGUCCCACUCCCAGCAAGAGGAACAUGGUCACUAGGUCGCACCAGCCAGAGGUGCCAGCACCGGAAGAACAUGAACCAGAGGAUGAAGGUCAUGAACCAGAGGAUCCGGAAGAACAUGGACCGGAGGAUGAAGGUGCAGGGAUUAUCAAGGGUAAGAACAAGAAGAACAAGAAGAUGCGCAAGCCUGCACCGGAAGAACAUGGACCAGAGGAUCAAGGGGCAGAGGUUAUCAAGUUCAAGAAGCGCAAAUCGGUAGGAUCAAGCCAGCUCAGCAACAAGAGGUGAGCUGGGCACUUGCAAGGUAAAGAGAAUCAGGCGUGAAUGGGCUCCAAAUGACGAGAUCCUGAUCCUCGAGCAGGUCAUCAAUUACCGCCACACCCAUGGGGAUCCCCCACAAGUCAAGGACAGAAGCGGCUUCUUUGAAUCUCUCCUCGAGCAGCUUGGGGACCAGAGCUUAGAACUCCGUCCGUACUGUCAAGGAUAAAGUGUCCAGUCUAAGGCGCCGCUACUUCCAGAAGAAGCACAAAUCUACUACUGAGCAUGGUAAACGCCUUGACAAUCUCUCUGAGCAAGCCUGGGGCAAACCUUCCCAAGUUGGGGCUAAGGAUAGCAGUCGCCGAAAUCUCUCCAAGAAAGCAUCGCGGAAACAUUCCCGAAAGGAUAGCAAUGGCGGCAAGACCGCGGGCAAGAGCUUUGAGGAAAUGUGUGAGAUGUACCCUCUCCUUGCGCAGGAGGUGGAGCUUAUUGCGGAUAUAGAUCCUUCCGCUAAAAGCUCGUUCGCUAGAAUAGAUGCUGAGGUGGCAUGUCAGUUGGAGAAACAGCUUGAUGCAGGCACAGGUUUCCCAGGUUAGGCAGACACUAGCUGGUGAGCUGGCAGAAGCUUGCUAGGUCAGGAACUGAUGUCAUGUUUGCCUCUUCGUUUUGAGCCCGAGAAAGAUUGUGCUACCUUUCUCACUUAUCAGCAUGCAUCAGCAUCACCAUAUGUUUCAAACAACUGCUCGGUGUAGGGCUUAUUCGGUUCCUAGGAAUUUGAAACCAUAAGGAUAGGAAAAGUAGAGAAUUGGAGUGUGCAUGACAUUUCAUUCCUUAGGAAUUUAAAAUGAGGUCCUACCUAAUGCUUAAAAACCUUAGGAAUUAGACUAAUUUGGACUCAAUCCUUAAAAAUCUAACACUUCCAUUCCUAUAAAACGAAUGCUACACGUAGGAAAAAUUCCUAAGGCUUGAAAUCCUGUAAAAUUCCUAUAAGAUUCCUGCAAACCGAAUAGGUAGCUUAAUUCCAGAUCUUGUAUGUGCAUGUUUUAUGUGUUGUGAUUAACUGCACCAAGUUUAAUGGGAGCUUAAUUCUAGAUCUUUAUGUGCAUGUUUCCUAUGUCGUGAUUAACUGGUUAUUUUAGGGAUUGAGUUUAUAUUUUCUUACUUGUGAAGUCAUAAUUUUUACUUUGCAACAUCAGUUUUAGUGCUCAUGUCGGAUAGCAACUACUUCCUCCGUCCAACAAAAAAUGUCUCAAGUUUGUCAAAAUUUGGAUAUAUCUAGACAUGAGUUAGCGUAUAGAUGCAUUCAAAUGUAAUCAAAGUUGAGACAUCCUUUGUUGAACAGAGAGAGUACUAUAUCUCUUAUGUCCAGAUUAUAUGUUUGCUAAAUCUAAAAAAAAAUGUGUUACAUGCCUCUUUUUUAAUGUUAAAGGAAAAAAUAGAUCAGAUUUUGCUUUGCAAUAUGUGUCGUGAGCUUCUUUUAAUUUAGCACACACUUGUUAUGGGCCAUUGUAUGUGGAAAUAUCUCACGAAGAUUUCUCAGGGAAUAUCUCAACAUAAUAUUUUUGACGGCAUAAA